UUUAGCUGCUGCGAUCGGCCCCUCGCUCCAGUCUCGGGGGUCUGGAGGGACAGAGGAACAGCAGGAGGAUGAAGGGAGCUAACGUGGAGGAAAACGAGGGAAAGCUGGACAGACAGAUGGCUGGAAGCAUUUAAAGGGGAUUUUCCUUAUUUGUUCCUGAAGUGAAUGGGGUGGAGACUGAGGUGCACAGAAGAACGGCAUGGACUCUGUUGAUCCACUGGAGCAGGAGAGACUCAUCUUCAUCAUCACGCUGCCCCUGUCCUCCGUCAUCAUCUUGGCCAACCUCGUCAUCAUCGUGGGAAUUUCCUGCAACCGCCAGCUCCACAACACCCCCAACUACUUCUUCUUGAGCCUGCUUGUGGCAGACCUUUGUACAGGCAUCGCCUUGCCAUUCAUCCCUUGGAUGGGCCUCACCCGUUUGUUGAACUUUGAAGCCUGUCUGUUCAUGCACAUCUUCCCAAACUUCCUCUUCCUGUCCUUCCUCUUCAACCUGGUCAUGGUGCACUAUGAGCGCUACCUUUGCAUCAUCAGCCCACUGCACUACAGUCAGUUUUGGGUGCACCGAUGCUUCCCGGCCGCCUUGCUGGCUGUCUGGAUGCCUCCGUUGCUCUUUGCUUCCCUUCCUGCCUUUGGCUGGAACAACUGGAACAACUGGAGCAGUGAGAGCUACCAUAACUUGUCUUCGGACACCAAUGUCUCAUCCAUUAGAGAUGGAAGUAGUAACUGUUCCUCUGGCACGUGUCAGGAAGAAAAACAUUGCUUCUACAAACAGGUAUUUCCAAGAGCCUAUAUCUACAUGGAGGUAUAUGGGCUACUUAUUCCAGCAAUCAUGUGCAUCAUAGGGAUGACCGGUCGUGUGCUGUGGAUCACAAGGAAGCAGCUGCAGGACAUCUGCAAGCUCCACCGUGCAGUGGAGCGUCAGGAAGCUUCAGGCCAUGAGCAGCAGCUCAACGUACGGUAUGCUAAAUGCGUAGCUGCUGUCUCCCUCACUUUCCUCCUCUGCUGGGUGCCAUACAUCGUGUACCUCCAUGUGUCCGUGGCACUUUUUCAAUUCAAGAAUGACAACAACUCAUCCCUAAACAUCAUCCUGUCCUGUACAGGGAUUGGCAGUAUGGCCGUUAUUCCAGUCAUACUGGGCCUGGCCAACCGGCAGUACACUGAGCCAAUAAGGAAGCUGCUAAGGAAGCUGAGGGAUCGCUGGACUGAUGGAAGAAACCUGGAAGAGGCUACUCCAUGAAAACCAGGGGGUAUUUCACAGCUCAGAUUUCCGCAGCUUGAUAGAAAUUUUGCCAAAAGUCAAGUUUGACAAAUAGGAUAAGAGACAGGGGACAUUCCUGCCAGACAACUUCAGCUAAAGUUUUUUAGCUUACUGAGAAAGCCUGCACUGUGAAAUACCCCGAGGGCUUGUAUUUAUCAAAGCUUUUUAGUGGCAAGGCACCUUCACUGCCUGUCAGACGUUUGGGAACACCUUGACGUCUUCUGAAAUUUUGAACUACUGUUUGAUUUCCACUGUUUUCAUUAAUGUAAAGCAGCUAUUUGGUAAUCCUUUGGGUAUAUUUAGCUUCAACAUUUCAUGUUCAUGGCAUCAACCUUGGACUGAAGAAAAUCAUUUGCCUAAAUAAUUGUUUAAUAAUUUUUUAAAAGCACAUUGAAAACUCUUUUGGCCCAAAAAAGCUUUAAACACCUGAAAGGUUUGUGUUGAUGUAUGCUUAAAGCAUAACAAGGGGACAAAUUGCAUGGCUUUAGUCAAUAAUUCAAAGAAGACUAUUCUCGGUUAUUUUUUCAGUUUCUUGCAAAAAAAAAAAACCCUUCUACAUAGGAGACAAUCCAACCUGGUUGAGUUAUAUUUAAAUUAUUAGAGUGAGCAAUGGAAGCCUGGACUCACUGACGGCUCCUGGCCAUUUUAAGGGGUGAAAAAAAAGAAGUGUCCUCAAAAUUGUUGAAAACUGAGAUAGUACUUUUACUCUGAGAGGGUUAAUUAAAAAAAGGCUCAAACAGAUUUGGAUACAGACUUCAUAAUGUACAGAUGCAGAUCCACUUACUUAAGUAGAAUUUGGCCUUUCUUUAAUGGCUUCAUACUGUAUAUAUAAAAUUAUCAAUAAAACAAAGUCAUUGGAUCCAGCGCACACAUGUGAUGAAAAUUGUUGUCAUUUACUUGUUUUGGACAAAUUGCCAUGUUUAACAAAAGUAUUAACCAUGCAUGCACAUAUACUAGGAUUUAAAUAAAGGCAUGGUACUAUG